AAUAAAUGUGACGUAAUCGCGAGUGGGCGGAGUUUACGACCAGGCACCAUGGCUUCGGUUGGACCCGAGCCUGCUGGUCUAACCAAGGGCAGCGUGGAUAAGGGUGCAUCCACAAAGAAGGAGGAACUCGAUGCAGCAAGCAACGGAGAGGAAAAGAUAGAUAGAGACAAAGAGGUAGCAGCCAGACUGGCCUCUUCCCCUGCAGAAGAGGCAAUGCUAAACGGCACCGAAUGUGAUGACACAAGGCACAAGAGCCCGACGAACGGUUCUGCAACAGGCAACAGCAAGACUUUAAUGUUGGUAAACGAAAAUGGUAUGGCAGACACGGAGCCCCCGCACGGUUCUGUUACUGGAAGCAAUGGAUUCAUUCUCACUAAGCAGCAGCAGGAAGGCUGCUCUGCAGCGCCGCCAGGUUUGGGAGUUUCCCCUCACAGGACUAACUGGUUGUCUUCAGGCUCACCGACAGGGGGACACACGGCCAAACCCCUCCCUGCCUUGGCGUCUGGGUGUGCACAGAGCUCAGGUGUACUAAGGACUGACCCCAGUACAGGGACUACAACGGGACAGGGGACACCAGACUCUAAAAAUGGCACAGCCUUGUCUCCUGCCCCAGCUCCAGCACCCAUCAUGAUACACAGAGCGCGCAAGACCAUGUCCAGACCUGCUGUCAGCCCAGCACAGAAGCUUCUUAACAGGGAAUUAAGAGAAGCGAAGAGUGCCAAAAUGGAGAAAAUGGAGACUCGUGUAACAGAUGACGUGCUGAAAUCUUUGCAGCAGUCCUCCGCUCAGAACCAUCUACCUCAGAGUCCACCGGAUACGCAAGCUUCAGCACGAACAGCUUCACCAGCACCCGCGGCUCCCGAAGCUCCUGAAGCUCCUGCUGCUCCUGCAUCACCUGCGGCUCAUCCGGCUCCUCCGACUUCUCCAGCUCCAUCCAGGCUCCAACUAGGCUCUUACUCAGGAGGGUUGUCAUCCCGUAAGAAGAAGAGGAGGAUGGGAACAUACAGUCUGGUUCCCAAGAAGAAAACCAAAGUGCUUAAGCAGAGAACUGUGCUGGAAAUGUUUAAGGAAUUACAACACUCUGCCAAGAGCCUGGAGUCUAAAGAGGUAGCAAACAUAAAUGGGGAGAAGGUCGAAAAUGCAUCUGAGGAGGAAGAGUCCGAGGAGGUGGAGUCUGAGGAAGACGAGCGACAGCAGCCAGCAGAAGAACCUGUCAGCGCUGUCCAGGAAGCAACAUCUGAACCCAUCUCUCAGGUGGGCGAUGAGCAGGAGUCUGAAGAGUCCGGAGAAGAAGAGGGAGAGGAGGAGGGCACAGAGUCCGACUUGAGCACAGAGUCUAGUCUGAAGAAGAAGUUGAAAAAGAAAACAAAAGCAGACAGCGCGUGGCUCAGGCCGUCCAGGAAACGAAAGAGGAGGUUAAAGGCCAAAGAACCGGAGGCGAUGGAUCAGCCUCAGGCUUCAGCUCAGGCCCUGGCAGGCGACGGGAAGGAGUACACGCAGAUUCCCUCACCUGAGUCUGUUAACCUCAACAAGCCCCAAGAACCAGCAGUUCCCUCACAGAUCAAAGACACUUCAGGGUCAGCGAUGGAGGAGGCUCAGGAGCUUCCGCUCUGCAGCUGCCGCAUGGAGACGCCCAAGAGUCGAGAGAUUCUCAUCCUGGCAGACAGGAAGUGCAUGGCCACAGAGAGCGUUGAUGGACAGCUGACCCGUUGCCAGGGUGCCAUACUGAAACAUGAAAUGAUGCGUCCCUCCAACUCCGUUCAGCUGCUGGUUCUGUGCGAGGACCAUCGCAACGGCAUGGUGAAGCACCAGUGCUGCCCCGGCUGUGGCUUCUUCUGCAGGGCUGGGACCUUCAUGGAGUGCCAACCAGACGUCAGCAUCUCCCACCGUUUCCAUCGUGCUUGUGCCUCGGUGCUGAAAGGUCAAAGCUUCUGUCCGCACUGUGGAGAGGAGGCCAGCAAGGCCAAGGAGGUCACCAUCGCCAAGGCCGACACCACCUCCACUGUUCCCCCGGCGCUCGCACACGGACCUGCCACGCCGGGGGUCCCCGAGGGCCGAGCAGACACCACCACUGGCAGCUCUUCUCGCCUGGCCAUAGGGGCUGAAAUCAGCGGCAGGGCCGACAGCUCGCUGUCCAUUCGUUCUGCAUAUGGACUCGACACCUCUGCUGUACCUGGGUCGUCCAGGGCCGCAACACUGCAGGCCGGGACGGGAGCAACUGUGCCACCUACAGCCCCUCAAGGACCACCUAGAGAGACUCUAGAGAGCAUCCUGGUAGCUCUCGACACAGAGAAGCCCAAGAAGCUGCGUUUUCACCCCAAGCAACUUUACCUCUCAGCCAAACAGGGAGAACUGAAGAAGGUCUUGCUCAUGCUGGUGGACGGUAUUGACCCUAACUUUAAGAUGGAAUCUCAGAACAAACGCACCCCGCUCCACGCUGCAGCUGAGGGAGGACACAAAGACAUCUGCCAUAUGCUUGUACAAGCCGGUGCGAACUUGGACAUAUGUGACGAAGAUCAGCGGACGCCACUGAUGGAGGCCUGUGAGAAUAACCACAUGGAGACGGUCUUGUACCUGCUGAGAGCUGGAGCCAGCGCCAUGCACAAGGAUGUUGAAGGGUUCACGUGUCUCCACCUAGCGGCAAAGUCUGGCCAUUACAAGAUUGUUGAGCACCUUCUGUCCACAGGAUUGAUCAACAUAAACUGUCAGGAUGAUGGAGGUUGGACAGCCAUGAUUUGGGCGACAGAGUACAAGCAUGUGGACCAGGUGAAGCUGCUUCUGUCCAAAGGAGCCGACAUCAGCAUCAGGGACAAGGAAGAGAACAUCUGCCUUCACUGGGCAGCGUUCUCGGGCAGUGUGGACAUCGCCGAGCUGCUCCUGAACGCCCGCUUUGAUCUGCAGGCUGUCAACAUCCACGGAGACUCUCCUCUGCACAUCGCUGCUCGGGAGAAUCGUGUGGAUUGUGUCACGCUUUUCCUGACUCGAGGAGCAGAUGUGUUUCUGAAGAACCGCGAGGGAGAAACUCCUUCAGACUGCUGCAGCCACAACUCAAAGGCCUGGGCGGCCCUGCAGGCCAACAGGAGGGAGAAGGAAGCCAAGAACAUGAGGCUCACUCAAGCAGAGGAAAAAGUCCUUCACAGUGACAUAGCGCUGGGGCAGGAGAGAGUUCCCAUUCCGUGUGUCAACUCUGUCGACAGUGAACCUUACCCAGACGGCUACAAAUACAUCCCCGAAAACUGUGUCACCUCCCCCAUGAAUAUCGACAGGAACAUAACACACUUGCAGUACUGUGUUUGUAAGGAAGACUGUUCGACAAGUAUCUGCAUGUGUGGACAACUCAGUCUGCGCUGCUGGUACGACAAGAGAGGUCGUCUUCUACCUGAAUUCUGCCGCGAGGAGCCUCCUCUCAUUUUUGAGUGUAACCAUGCGUGCUCCUGUUGGAGGACCUGCAGGAACCGUGUAGUGCAAAAUGGACUCAGGACCAGGCUUCAGCUCUUCAGGACCAGUAAGAAGGGCUGGGGUGUCCGUGCACUACAAGACAUACCACAGGGGACCUUUAUAUGCGAGUACGUGGGCGAGAUCAUCUCCGAAGCAGAAGCAGAGAUGAGGCAAAAUGACGCUUACCUGUUCAGCCUGGAUGAUAAGCCACAAGAUCUAUACUGCAUCGAUGCCCGUUUCUAUGGAAACAUUAGCCGGUUCCUCAAUCACAUGUGUGAGCCCAACUUGUUUGCCUGUCGAGUGUUCACGACGCACCAGGACCUUCGUUUCCCACACAUUGCCUUCUUUGCCAGUGAAAACAUCAUGGCUGGAGAGGAGCUUGGAUUUAACUACGGCAACCACUUCUGGGAAGUCAAGAGCAAGCUGUUCAGCUGCGAAUGCGGCUCUUCCAAGUGCAAGUACUCGUCAGCAGCCAUGGCGUCGCUGCAGGCGGACAGCACACCGGAGGACCAGCAGCAGCCCAGCGCGUCACCUGACACCAGCUCUUCCAACAGUCCCUCCAGUCCUUCCUAAAGCUCUCCUCACACUAAGCUUCGCUACAUGUACACAUGACUGACGGACACACAGGGGCGCCUGUCUCCAUCCUCCUUGAACUUUGAACUUUUAUCAGUGAACCUGUACUGUAUCUCCACUUCUGAGUAAAACCAUGGACCAUCGACCUUCGUGAGAACCCAUAAAGCGUUGUCACACAGAACCAGAUGCACAAUCAAAUCCUGGAAGAACUUCCACCUUUAUUCCACUUUGUGUAACAUGAACAGCAGGGGGCAGCGACGUCACUCACAGCUCACGUCGACAACAAAACAGUCUUUACAUUUCAUACAUAACUUUACUGGGAAGGAGAACUGUGCAUUUUGUCGUCUAUGUCUUUUUUAAGAUAAUUGGUUGAUAUUGUUAAAUGGCUUUUCUUAUAGAGUCAUGACAAAGGAAUUUUGGGGUCGGGGAUUAGGGCAUCGUUGUCUUUUGCAAAGACAACCUCAGCAUACAGCUGGGUUUAACUUGUUUGACCGUUGAGGUCAAUUGUAAUGAACCAUUCCAGCAAAAUUAGCCGAUAAAUAUUGAAUUAUGUUGCCACUUCUUUGUGUCAUUUCAUCUUUGUUGCAGUCUUUGAACAGACAUGUCCAACAUUUGCCACCUAUGAAUUGAUCAUUUAACUGAAAUUAUGUGAAAGACAAAGAAAUGGUGCAAAAAGUGGAUUGUUUUUUAAUUUGCUACUCAAGUGAGUAUAGAUUGUCUGACAGAAAGAUGCUGUACCAGUCCUCAAAAAUGAGGUGUUUCUAGUCUCAAAUAAAUUGGCUGACCUUUUUAUUAAGCAUGUUUAAGGGGAUCUUAACGUGUCAGAUAUUUUGCCACAGUUGUGGAAGAAUUGAUUAAACUGAAUGGAGUUAAAAACAAAACGAGAAAAUGGUGCUGACAAAGGUUUUUACUUUUGUUUUCAUUUUUAUUACCGAAGUGAACAUAGUUUGUAAAAUAAGAGAACGUUUUAUGUUUAAUUUUAACUCCAGUUUUCUAAUCAUAGUUACUGUAGUUAGGCUGUUUUUAAUUUUGUUCAUGAUUUUGCCGACAGAAGCCAACCCGUCUUUUUAAAUGUUGUUAGUAAAGCAGUGACUGUUGUGCAAAGUCUUGAAAGGUAUAAAUGAAAAAAAAGGUUAUAAAAAUGCACUUCCAUAACUUUCUGUUACAUAUUUCUGGACCCUGAACCAUCCAUCUAAUUGGUUGUAUCUUUUUCAAUAAAUUUACUACUAAUACAUUUA